CACAGGGGUCAGAAAGUGAUGUCUGUGGAUAGGGUGACUGAAGAAAGGCUUUGGCUUGGCGGACAUUGACGCAUGUUACGCGGUGGGAGUGCUAGUGUUGAUGAGGGCAGUUAGGACAGCCGUCUUCCUUCUCUCCUAUGCAGCCGGAAACCUGUUCUGUUCUGCGGAAAACAGUUAAUACAUGAAGAAGCGGAAUCACGAGUCUAUCAUCUGGAAGUUCCGCUGGUGUGGGAAGAAGUGUCUCUGACAUCAGGCGGGGUAUCCACAUAAAUCUUUCCCUGUUUUCUUCUCAAAGGAUUGGUUUGGAAGUCAGGAGCCCUGGAAGCAGGCGAUCGGGCGGUGAGGAGCCUCGGGCGCGGCCUCGCCUCCCCGGCCAGGCUCCCGCAGCAGCACCGUGGACAGCACAGACACCCUCUGCGGGACCCUGCUGCCCGCAAGAGCACGCCUCGGGCUUCGGCGAUCUCAUCAGCACCGCGGACAGCACCCAGGUCCUUGUUGGCCUCGGCCAGCCCACCCGCUCUCCGAGUCAGCACCGCGGACAGCCCCUCUGGACUAGCCCUGAGGCAGCCGAGGAGUGGUCAGCAUCCUCAGAAGAUGGCCACUGAGGUCCACAAUCUUCAGGAGCUCCGGCGAAGUGCAUCACUGGCUACUAAGGUCUUUAUCCAGAGGGACUACAGCGAUGGCACCAUCUGUCAGUUCCAGACCAAAUUCCCUCCGGAGCUGGAUAGCCGGAUCGAGCGGCAGCUCUUUGAAGAGACGGUGAAGACCCUCAAUGGCUUUUAUGCAGAGGCUGAGAAGAUUGGGGGCAGCUCCUACCUGGAGGGCUGCCUGGCCUGUGCCACAGCUUACUUCAUCUUCCUCUGCACGGAGACCCACUAUGAGAAGGUUCUCAAGAAGAUUUCCCGUUACAUCCAAGAGCAGAACGAGAAGGUCUUUGCUCCUCGAGGGCUCCUGCUCACGGAUCCAGUGGAACGUGGGAUGAGGGUUAUCGAGAUCGCCAUCUAUGAGGACCGGUGCAGCAGCGGCAGUUCCAGUAGCGGCAGCAGCAGUGGCAGCGGCAGCAGCAGUGCGGGCGGGGGUGGGGCGGGGGCCCGGUGACUGGCCGAGAGUCCCUGUAGGGAAGUGUAUGGCCGCAGCGAGGGGCUGGCAGAUCUGCGGAGGCUGCAUUACCAGAGCACCCGCUUCUGAGUCUCUCUCUGGGCCCUCCCUCCCGUGUGGCGCGGGAGGGAGGGUGACUACCCGGUGUUCUGCUUCCCCAGUCCUUUGCCCAAUGGCAGGAUCUUCCUCUCUCUGUCCCUGGACCUUUCUUUCUCCCAUGGGGCUGGUCCGAGUCAUCAGAGCCAGGCUUUCCUAGGGAAGUCUGAGGGUUGGGGAAAACCCAGCUUGGAUGAACCCUGUCUUCCUUGCCUUCUACCCCCUACCCUGCAUGAUCCUGAGCCCUUAAAAUCCAUGUCUACCUGAACUCUGCUUCCCGGGGCUCUUCCUAAGGCCCAAGGCCACCGUGGGGCUUAUACUUGUCAAUGAUCCCACCUCCUCCUCGGAGACCUGGGGAUGGGUGCCCUGGGAGCUCUCUAGCUGCUCCUAAGGCUGAAUUUCCCUGUCCUUCACUCAGAGGGGAAACAUCCUCUCGGCCUUGCCAAGAAGAACCCAACUCGGAGACUUUGCACCCCACCAGGAGCUGGAUAUGGGUGCUCAGCCUGGGACUCUGGGGCGGGGCGGGGUGUUCCCCGGGGCUGUGGAUGAACGCAGCUGGACAGAGCUUGAACUCCUGAACCGGGGCCAGUUCCUGCAUUGUGGGCACAAAUGUAUGUAUGUGAGUGUACGGGUGGGGAAGCAUGUGCACACGUGAGUAUACAAGUGCAUGAAUGUGAGUGUGUGUAUGCGACUGCACAAGCGAGUGUGAGCGGGUGUGUGCACAGGUGUGCGCGAACCUGUUUAUCUGAGUGGAUGAGUGAGAAUGUGUAUGUGUUCACACACGUGUGCACGCUAUGUAUGCUUGUGCAUAAGUGCACUUGUGUGAACGAGAUUGUCUAUAUGUGAGCACGUGUGUGUGGAAAGGGAGAUUACUUUGCGUGUUCUCUUUGGCUGCUGGGCUAAUGACUACCAUGUCCUGCCCUGUUCUAUCACACGCAAGAUGGUCUGCAGCACCUCCCCUCGAGUCCCUCCUGGCCCUCUGUAAGUCAGUGUCCUAAAGCCGGGCUUCGGCUUGGCUCUUCCUCCUGGUCUUUCCCCCACCUCUGGAUCUGUCACUCACAUUCUAAUGGAGGAAAAGCUGGGGCCCUUGGAGAACAGAACCAGUGUCUGGGUGGUCUUUGGUGCCCCUCUCCCAGCCCCCAUGACAUGGUGGGGCCGCAGAUGCUGCAUAUUCAGCCUGCCCAGGUCAAGGCCCUGAAGCCCUGCAGGUGAGGAUCCCAGGACAUUCAAGACACAUGUGCCAUGCAGGGGAAGAAGGACUGGCCAGCCAAUGGUGCUGUGGCUUUCGGGGGAGCGUCCUGGGGCCUGAGUAUAGACAGAAAGCAGGCUGCCUCCCUUAGUGGGCAGGAGGUGCUGGAAGCAGGCAGGAAACAGCAGCUACUAUAGGUAGCUUUCUGGGCCUGAAAGGGCCUGGUUCUCUACUGGCCAAAGCAGCAGCAUGUGACAUCAGGAGACUAUGCAGAGAGAUGGAGAGGACUGGCCAAGCUCCUGAAGCCCCGGGGACCCCGAGCCUGAUAAGCCCUGGUGCAAUGAACCCCUUCUUCCCAAGCGGCAGCCCCUGACUCCUAGCAGAAGCCCGUGUCCUCUAACCUGCUGUGCGGCCAGGCACUGUGUCCGACCUAGCACAUCCUGUUGGGAGGGUCGGGAAGAGGCAAAAUGGAGACCUUUUGUUUUAUUCUUUUUCCAAUAAAAGGACUUGCCAGCUUGA